AAAUGCAGAAUAAGGUAUAAUCAAAAAAUUCGAAAUUAAUUAUUUCAUUGAUUACGAUCCAAUACUUCAAGUUAAGUACAUAUACUUACAUAAGUACAUCCAUCUAACCUUUUAAGGUUCUGCUAUCAAAUAUAAUACAGUUUUAACUAAUAUUUAAAUUUAAUUCCACUCAUCUUCCUUUUUGUUAGGUGUUUCAUUCUUUUCCCAUUAAAUUUCCGAAAAUGUUGUUACAUUAUUUUGCAUUUCAGGUGACGAUAUAUAUGUACAUAUUGUUACAAAAAGUAGUAUUAAGUUUUAUUUGUAUUGCUAUAUGCAUCCCUGAUUAUGAACAAUAGUUGUAGGUAUAUGGAAUAGCAUUUGUCUUGUUGUAGACAUCUGGCGCCACGGCUGUCUGCUUGUCGAAACAAUAGACAUCUGGCGCCGCACUGUCUGCUUGUCUAGGUAAACAAUUGCUGAGUCUGGCGCCGCGACUGUCUGCUUGCGUCUGGCGCCGUAUAGCCGUAUGUUCUGGUAAUUUCCAGACGCGAUAUUCUAGAAGGACACGUCGGCAUCAGCGAGAAGUGCGUGGCUAUAUAAGCCGUGGCAGCGCCAACGUAAUCAGUCAGUGCUAAGAGUAAACUGCUAUAGUGUAGACGAGUUGUGAAAUAAAGAGUUGUUGAAUUAAAUUAAACAGUGUUGAUUUUAUUUGUCAAUCCAGAGAUACGAACCUAACAAAGUAAACUAGCAAGAGUAAAUUCGUAACAAUUGGUGUCAGAAGUGGGAUUGUCAAAUAAUCCAAAUUCAAGAUGGUUAAAUUCGGAGAAUUGAGAAUUCAGCAAUUAAAAAAGGAACUGGAGGAGCGUAAUUUGCCGAUAAGCGGGCAAAAGGCGGAUCUGCAGGCACGAUUACGUGAAGCAAUGGAAGCGGAUGGAAUUAAUGUGGACGAGUACGAAUUUGUUGGGCCAGAAACUUCUACAAAGGUAGAAGAGAAAGUAGAAGAACAACGAACAUCAUUAAGUGUAGACAUGAACACGUUGUUAGUGGCUAUUAAGCAAAUGGCAGAAAAUGUAGUGCGAACAGAAAAUCGUCUGGCACAGCAAAUGGCAGAAAAUGCAGUGCAAACAGAAAAUCGUCUGGCACAGCAAAUAGCCAAAAAUGCAGAAAAUGCAGUGCAGGCAGAAAAUCGUCUGGCACAGCAAAUUACGCAAAUAGCUGAAAAUACAUCACAGUUAGAGUCUCGCCUUACACAACAAAUAACUGAAAAUAAUACGCAGUUAGAAAAGCGAUUGGUACAACAGAUUACAGAAAAUAAUACACAAGUGCAAGAGAAAUUUUCAAAAUUUGAAGACGAAUUAAGCACAAUAAAAAAUGACGAAGAAAAUUUAAGAUCAGAAUUUCUUCAACUGAGUAAUCGUGUGCGAGAACUGCAACUGCAUGGCCCUGCACCAUCAACAAAUAAUCAAAGAUUGAAGGCACCCACAUUCGAUGGAAGUAUUCCAUUUCAAAUUUUCAAACUUCAGUUUGAAAAGACAGCAACGGCCAAUAACUGGAAUGCAGCGGACAAAGUGGCGUCCUUGUUUGUAUCAUUGAAAGGACCGGCAGCAGAAAUCCUUCAGACUAUUCCAGACUGUGAACGGGACAACUAUGAGGCAUUGAUGAGUGCGAUAGAAAGACGUUAUGGUAGUGAGCACCGGAAACAAAUAUACCAGAUCGAACUGCAAAAUAGGGGUCAGAAGAUGAACGAGUCAUUGCAAGAGUUCGCAACUGAAAUAGAACGACUGGCUCAUUUGGCAAAUGCAGAUGCACCUGUGGAUUACAUUGAGAGGGUAAAAAUUCAAUGUUUCAUAAAUGGAAUUCGUGAUGUGGACACCAAACGCGCCACAUAUGCAUUGCCAAAAAGAACGUUUGCUGAAACGGUUUCGCACGCCCUCACACAAGAAACAGCUUCCCUACUAAGUAAACCAGCACACAAAGUACAAAGGGUUGAAAUGGAACAACCGGCGCUGAUGGAAGAAAUAUUGAAGACUCUGAAGACAAUUGCUGCACAGCAAGUAAAUACAACAGGCAGAUGUUUCAACUGCGGAAAAGCGGGUCACUUUGCUCGAAAUUGCAAUAUAAAGGUAAACCCAUCAAAACGGAAACAACCAACAGAACACCGAAAGGGGAUUCACCACAAAAAUGCGGAUGCAUUAUCACGUCGCCCUUGUCCACUGGAAUGUAAACAUUGCUCUAAAUCAGAAGGAAAAGAAGGUAUAAUCGACGUGCGAUCACUGAAUAUAGAACCUGAAGAUGAUUGGACUCCUCACCGCAUCAGAAUUAAUCAGCUGGAGGACCCUGAUCUUGCGAAGCUGGUAAUGGCCAAAGAAAAUGGGGUACGACCACCAAAGGAACAAAUAAGUAACGAGAGUCCAACGGCAAAAGCAUAUUGGGCCCAAUGGAACAGCAUAAACCUCGUUAAUGGAUACCUUCAUCGUACCUGGGAAAGCGAAGACGGCAAACAGUCUCGUCUGCUGAUCAUAGUACCGAAGUCCAUGAUCCCGAAAGUAUUGAAAGAACAUCACAAUGGACCUAGUGGAGGGCACCUUGGAAUUACAAAAACUAUAGAGAAGAUUAAACAACGGUUCUACUGGAUCGGUUGUCGAGAUUCCAUAGCAGAAUGGAUAAGUAAUUGCGUAGAGUGCAUGGCAGCUAAAGGUCCUAAAGCCAAAAGUCGCGGUAGGCUACAACAGUACAACGUGGGAUCACCAUUUGAACGAGUCGCAAUGGAUGUUGCAGGUCCGUUCCCAACCAGUACGGCCGGAAACAAAUAUCUACUGGUUGUCAUGGACUAUUUCAGUAAAUGGCCAGAAGUAUAUGCCUUACCAAACCAGGAAGCGAAGACAGUAGCCGAAGCGUUUGUAGAAAAUUGGAUAACAAGGUUCGGAGUGCCCGUCGAAUUACACUCAGAUCAAGGCAGAAAUUUCGAAUCUUCCAUUUUCCAAGAAGUCUGUACAUUAUUGGGCAUCCACAAGACACGGACAACAGCGUUACACCCACAAUCAGAUGGGAUGGUAGAGAGAUUUAACCGAACGCUCGAAGAACAUCUGCGGAAAAUCGUUGAUAAAGAUCAACGGAAUUGGGACAAGUGCAUCCAGAUGUUCCUGCUGGCGUAUCGUUCAGCGAAGCACGAGACAACUGGUUACACGCCAGCAAAGAUUAUUUUCGGAUCUGAUCUGCGACUCCCUGCUGAUCUUAAGUUUGGAACGAAUCCUACAGCUGUAAGAAAUGAUGGAGAUUAUUGUUCUGUCUUAAAGGAAGAAAUGAAUGAAUUGCAUCUAAUGGUAAGACAGCAUACGCAUCUGAUGAGCAAUAAGAUGAAGGACCGGUUCGAUCAAGCGGCAAAUUCAAAAGGUUUUGAAGAAGGUGAUCUGGUCCUGUUGUACAAUCCACUUCGAAAGAAAGGCUUGUCCCCGAAACUGCAGACAGCCUGGGAAGGACCCUAUAUGGUGAUGAAACGACUGAAUGACGUGGUAUACCGCAUACAAAGAAAUGGGAAAGCACGAUGUAAAAUGAAAGUAGUACAUUUGGAGAGGCUCGCCCCAUUUGGUUCAAGAGGAUUUGUGCCUAAUCGGGACGAUUAGGCUUUAGUGGAGGGCAGUGUUACAAAAGUAGUAUUAAGUUGUAUUUGUAUUACUAUAUGCAUCCCUGAUUAUGAACAAUAGCUGUAGGUAUAUGGAAUAGCAUUUGUCUUGUUGUAGACAUCUGGCGCCACGGCUGUCUGCUUGUCGAAACAAUAGACAUCUGGCGCCGCACUGUCUGCUUGUCUAGGUAAACAAUUGCUGAGUCUGGCGCCGCGACUGUCUGCUUGCGUCUGGCGCCGUAUAGCCGUAUGUUCUGGUAAUUUCCAGACGCGAUAUUCUAGAAGGACACGUCGGCAUCAGCGAGAAGUGCGUGGCUAUAUAAGCCGUGGCAGCGCCAACGUAAUCAGUCAGUGCUAAGAGUAAACUGCUAUAGUGUAGACGAGUUGUGAAAUAAAGAGUUGUUGAAUUAAAUUAAACAGUGUUGAUUUUAUUUGUCAAUCCAGAGAUACGAACCUAACAAAGUAAACUAGCAAGAGUAAAUUCGUAACACUAUUAAUGCGCCUAGUACGUAAAUUGACUUUUAAAUAUAUUUAAGAAUUUGGCAACCCUAGUUUGCAAUCACACAACUUUAUAAUAAAAUUUGAAAUUUUUUAAUAUGUACUCAGAACGUUUCGACAUACGGGCGUUAUUUGUGUUGUUUACAACUACUUGAAAUAUUCAUCUCUGCCAAAAAAUGUGUAUUUUGUACUUUCGACGUGAAUUGUCUUAGUAACAGUGCAUCGAUGAUCUUAAUUUAGCUUUUGGCGUUGAAGCUCCAUCAAGGACCAGUGUUUAUCGAUAAUAUGGUGAAUUGAGGUAGUUGAACAGUCCAAGACGAAUGGGGAUGUCGUCUAAUAUCAAUUUUUGUUGCGGAAACUAUUGAUGCUGUGCGCCAACUGUUAUAGCAAGAUCAUCGUGUGACCCAUCGUGGUAUUGAAACAAUUAUAGGCAUGAGUGGAACUAACAUACAUUCAAUAUUGCAUUUGCAUUUGAUUGUAUAAAAAAAAAACACUUGUCGCAACCAUACUACAAAAACAGUAAAUUCUGAGUGGUCCGUGACCAUUUCUUUCCCAGUUGCCAGGAAAACCAAACAUCGAAGACCGAUUACUCUUCACCACGACAACUCGAACUUUGACACAUCGACUGAAAUAACUACAAUUUUGAGCACUUAAAACAUCGAUUAAAUGAGUAAUCCACCGUAAAGUCUUGACUUGGCGCUGAAUGACUUCUUUUUAUUCCAAUAAGAAAAAAAAUUAACUAAGAGGUGAACAUUUUUUGAUACCUAAAGAGGCGGUUGGUCAAUGCAUCAAUAUAAGAGAUACAUCAAUCAGAGUGACAAAGGGGCUUUGAGAAUUGGUUCAAACGCAUGGAAAAAUGUAUAGAUCUUAAUGGAGAAUGUUUUGAAAAAUAAUAAAGCAAUUUAGUUGAUUAAAGUUUAUUUUGGUUCUCUAAUCCUCCAACCCACGUAAUCUAGGUCUGAAUUCAACAACUUCGUAGUUUACUUAUUCAUUACUUUUGUUAGUCUACGAUGUUAAUUUUUUAGCUAAGCAAAACACAACCUCACACAAAUCACAAUAAAAAUUAAAUAAACGAGUGU